ACUACCGGGAAGGCACGUGGAAGGGCGGCUGCCCUCACCCGGCUUCGCCCAGCCCUGCUGCCGGCAAGAUGGUGUCUCUGACUGACUUCCAGCGGAUCGGCGUGGGACUGGUCGGCUUCGGCCUCUUCUUCAUCCUUUUUGGGAUGCUCUUGUACUUUGACUCGGUGCUCCUGGCCUUUGGGAAUAUCCUCUUCCUCUCUGGCUUGGUCUUCAUCAUUGGCUUCAGGAGGACCUUCACCUUCUUCUUCCAGCGGCCAAAGCUGAAGGGCACAAGCUUCUUCCUUGGGGGGGUCCUCGUUGUCCUUAUGCGGUGGCCCCUCCUGGGCAUGCUGCUGGAGGCUUACGGCUUCAUCAGCCUCUUCAGAAGUUUUUUCCCGGUGGCUUUUGGGUUUUUGGGCUCGCUGGCAAACAUCCCCCUGCUGAGCAAGCUCUUGCAGAAGGUGGGAGACAGCAGCUCCAUGGUGUGACCUGCGAGACGGGCCACAUCGCUGGAGAUGGGACAGCGCGAGCAAGCCCUGGGUCUGGCUCUCCCGCAAUGAGGUGCCACCUCUCUCGGCCCUGGGACCCUCGGUGCCGGCUGGAGCCACCCCCACUGCGGGGACGGUGUCUCGCUGCCCCGCAGGGCUCCCGUGAGCAGCUCCUGAGCAAGGCUCCAGGGCCCAAACGCUGUGCCAGGCAGGCUUCUGGAGUUAUCAGCAUUAUUUUAUUCUUUUUGUCUUCCUCUGUUGAGAGAUUUAAUUAAAAAGUGUG